UGAAGACGCACCGGAUAACUCUUUGCUUGUAUGAUGAUCUGGUAUAUCGUGUUUCAAGCGCUUUUCCUGCAUGCUCAUGGGUCUAUCAUGGAUGGACUUUGGUCUUGGAAAGAAUCCACUUGUGGAGAAUCCAGAACGGAUAAUUACCAAAUGGAUAAUGACAAAAGAAAAGGUUAUAUUGUCGGAGGAAGAGAUGCUUUUCAAGGAGAAUUUCCAUGGCAGAUAUCCCUACAAAGACAUUUCGAUAGAGACAAUGGUAUUUAUCAUAUUUGUGGAGGAACUAUCAUUGAAAAGGAAUGGGUUGUAACAGCUGCUCAUUGUGUCAACUUGGCAAAACUUUCCAAGUAUAGAGUAGUUGCAGGAACAAGUGACCUUUCUGAAGAAAACAAAAUACGAUUUGGGGAAGAAAAGAAAUCAUCCGUUCACGAAGUCAUUGAUGGAAGAAUUCAUGAAGGCUUUUCAACGUUCACUCUUCAAAAUGAUAUUGCCCUUUUGAAAGUUCAGCCACCUUUUGAAGUGGGACGAGGAGAUGGUGGUGUACGUUCUAUCUGCUUACCAGCACCUGGACAUGAGCCACGUGGUCAUGCAGUUGUGUCUGGUUGGGGAGCUUUGAAAGAAGGGGGCAGAGUUAUUCCAACGAGACUGCAAGCAGUAACUUUGCCUUUAAUUUCUGAUGAAGAAUGCCGUAAGGCGUACGGUGAUGCUAUUGUCGAAACAAUGCUUUGUGCAGGAUACAAAGCUGGACAGAAGGACUCUUGCCAGGGCGAUUCCGGUGGACCGCUUAUACAGAAGUCAGACUCUGGUUACAGCACUUUGAUUGGAGUGGUCUCUUGGGGAAGAGGAUGUGCUAGGCCGAAAUUUCCUGGAGUUUACACACAAGUCUCUCAUUAUAUUGAAUGGAUAAAUAAGAUAAUAAAAUCCGAUAGCACAUUUGAUGACUUCGAUAAGUUUUUUUGA